AUGUUGCUGUUGCAGGCGGCUGUCCCGAACCCCCAUAGGCACACAGACAGAACUAUUGCCAAGGUUGACCGAAAGGCCGGACAACUAAGAAUGAUGGGUUUAACAAUACACGAUCAAGAGCUGUUGGCAAGCCGGUUAGACUUCGUUUGGGGAGAGCCUAAAUCCGAUAGUACUGGGGCAUCGCAAACUGCAUGGCGGAAAUCUCGAGCUCGUCGUGCAUACACAAAGAUUCAGGAAGCUAGCGAUCAUCUUUUCCUUUCUAUUGUAUUGGCAAUCCCGCCAACGGAAUGCGCCCAAAAAGCCUUCGACCGUGUUGUAGAGCACUUCCUUCGUCUUGACAACUAUGAACAAUACAGAAUGGGUUUAGACGCGCGCGCCAAACGGUUCUUUGAGUCUACUGCCGCAGCGAAAGGUUUUGCUAGCAGCCGACAUUACCUUUGCUUUAUGCAAGCCUUGUUUCCUGAAAGAGAAGAGCGACGUGAGUAUAAUAUAUUCAUUUACUAA